GGUGAGACGGCAACAGAUCGUGCUGAUAUUUACUCGUAUGGCAUAUUGCUGUGGGAGUUGUUCGCGAGACGUGCACCAUUCGAGGGUUUGCAUCCGCAUACACUCAUUUAUCUUGUGGUUAGUCGACAUCUACGUCCGGACACUUCAGAUUUUGAAACACAAGAUUUGAGUGCCACUGAUGGGUCACUGUUGGAGCUGAUGAAGGAGUGUUGGUCAUCGGAAGUGGCACGCAGACCGGCGGCAUUCUCGAUCGUCAACAAACUUCGUUCGACACUGUCCUCGCAAAAUGUCGGCAACGAUUCGUACAUUGCCGAGAAUGUGUAG